UCCCGACAAAAUGUCAACAUCUCAGUAGCCAACUUUUGCUGUUCCUGGCGAGCGUCCGCAGGUCAGCGGAGACAUCAAAACUUCCGAAUAUAAAAAUCUGCGGACUGUUCACGAGUUUUCGCGCCGUGACCAGCCUCCCCAAGUGCGCGUUCGAGGGCGGGACUUCCGGUCAUAAGAUGGGACUGGACGUGAACAGCUGCUGCCGGUUGUGUUUGGCGAGCGCGAGCUCCCCGAACGCGACCCACGUCGAUCUGGCGCAACAGCAGGAAGUGGCCGAAAUGGUUCAGGAGCUGUUCGGGUUGAAGAUCAACAGUUCCGGUCGGGAAAGCAAACUUCUUUGCCUAGUCUGCUACAAGAAGACUACUGACCUGAAGAAGCACUUGACGGGUUUUAAUACCAAGGCCCGGCUGGUUACGUUGAACCAGACGAUUCUGCAGGCCCAGGUCAGCGCCUUUCCGGAACCGGAAUCCGACGAUGUUCCGCCGCAGAAAGCAGAAGGCUACAGCGCCCCGAACUCCGCAAAGCAGCAACUCUUUCUGCUCGUCGAGGAUUGCAUGCGCAGCCCGCUCUUCCAGGACCGUCUCACGGAUCGGUACGAUCUGCUGUAUCUGCGGGUGUCCGGCCCGGUGUACCAGAACAGCACGAAAGAUUUCGUGGACAUGUGGUUUCCGGAAGAGCUGCGCUGUGACCGGUGCUUUACACCGUUCGAGUCGCGUGAGGAGCUGAAGCUGCACUUGGAGGGCACCUGCAAGUACAAGUGCAUCUUCUGCAGACGCACGUAUUGCGGUGCGGAAUCGUUUGGGAAUCACGUUUGCCCGAAGCGUGACAAAACGGCCAAGGAGAAUCGGAAACGGCUGAACAGCUACGCCAUGAAGACGAUUGGGAAACGGAGUCGGGUGGAUGUGGAUCAAGCGGCUGAUGAAGGUAAGGAGAAUGGAAAAGAUGACGGAUCGUCCGGGGCGGAGAAGAACGACUUGCAGUUGGUUCCGGUGGUUCCGGUGGUGCCACGCAGUGAGGGUGAAGCGAAUUUGGACGUGGAAUUGACGAGCUUGCUGGAGCGAUGGUACGGAGGCCAGAACGAAGAAUUGGAGGAGCUGACCAAUCUUGAUCUGGAAGCGAUUGAGCCGGCAGCCACAAUACCGAAUGAAACGUCGCCACCGAAGCCUGCAAUUUCGGUGAAGCCCAUCAGUCAGUUGAUCGGCAGUCCGUCUCAACCGUCUUUGUUGAAGCCGGUUGCAGCUAUCGAUUCGCGACCGUACAACGAUGUGAUAGAGAUUGAAGAUGAAGCGGAUCUUAGCCGAGCUGUGGUUCCAGCGACGGCUGCUGGACAACAACAGCAAAGCGGUGGCAAACCGGAACAACAGCAAUCUCUCAGCGAGAGUGAUAUCCUAAACAUUGUAAAGCACUUCCGGGGAAUAGACGAGAACGAGAGUUAUUUGAUCAAGGCGAAGAUAAAUGGUGCCUCCAAGCUGAUUUGUAUUAGCAAGAGAAAGGGUGAGGCUGGUUCCGUUCCAUCUGCUACAAUUGUAAAUAAUAAUAAUUCAACAGGCCAAGCCAACGGAGGUAGCAGCGGCAGUGGAAGCAGUGGUAUUAACAGUAAACCAGCUCAAGCCACCGCACCACUACCAGUGAGACGUCCGGUCGUUUCCAGCUCACCGCCACCUUUAGUUUCUACUGUGACCAACACUCCCGUGAAUCGGAUUCCUCCUCUGGCCAAGAAACCAACGAUCAAGUACGUUCCACGCAGAGGUACAUCGUACAUGAAGCAUACGACGGGAAGCAUCAACGGUCCCAAGAUGCCCGCAAGCAUUCCUCCGGCAGUCGCGGCACCAGUGCCGAAAGUGGCGACCCCGCCCCAGACUGCCCCAAUGCCACAACUCAAAAUCGCCCACGUAGAAUCAUUGGUUUCGCCAACGGCGAUCGCUCACCAACAGCAACCCAGGGUGCUUAACGGCCCAAUGCUGAACCCGGGAAUGCAGCAGUACAAUCGAUCCACUGCCAACGCUGCCAACACCGUCAAGACUUCCAACGCCAUUUCUCCGGGAAAUUCUGGCAUCGCACCCAAGCAAGCCCUCGCCGCAUAAUCGUUGGCAGCAACACGAUAAAGAUGCUGAACACUCCUAGAACGAUUGUUCCGAAGCCACCGCAACCUAUGGUGAGAAGCCCGCCCAAGCCGGUCGUAACGACAACAUCCACCCAGCAGCGUAUCGUCGUGCAGAGGAAACAGAUUAAGACCGUCGUCCAGUCGACGGUACGACGCACCAGUUCCGGUGGGACUGUCGCACAAGGUGUGGCCCAAUCCGGUGGUGGUGUAGCAGGAAAUUCAAUGCUUCGAACGCAGCUGCUUCAGCCCCAGCAGCCGCCGAGAAUAUAUCCGGGACCGGGCGGUGCCGGCGGAUCGAACGCCAGCGUACCCACAAGUGCCGAUCAGCUGCUGUCGUCGCUGAACAGCUCGAACCGGCAGUUUAAGUUUAACAAUACUACGUUUAAGCGGUUGGAAUAAUGUGUAAGCUUCAGUUGAUUUUGUAUGCAUUAUGCUAGGCAGAAACGGGGAAGUUGUGCUGAAUGCAAGGAACCAUUUGCGGUACGUUCAUUGAAUUAGUUGUAAGAUCAUUGGAGAAUUUUUACAACAAAUAAAUCCUACCUUGACCAUUGAAAA